GGCAGGGCGGAGGCGGAAGCGCCGAGCCCGCCGGGGAGGAGCAGCCUCUUAGGGCAGGCGGCGGGAAAUUUGAACUGAGGCUGGCGCUCCGUUUGCGGUCCCUUAAGCGGAGCCAGGAUGGUGGAAGGGCCCGGCUGCACGCUGAACGGCGAAAAGCUGCGGGCCCGCGUUGCCCCGGGGCAGGUCGUCAAGUUCGUGAGGGGAACGGCGCUUCAGCCGCCGUGCUUCGGAGGGACAGGAGGCGUCGCCGCCGCCACCGCCUCGGACGCGAUGGCCAGAAAUAAAGCCUCCAGUCAAGAUUUCUUCAAUGUGCUAGCUGGAUGUGUGUACAGUGGCGUGGAAACUUUGGGCAAAGAACUUUUCAUGUUUUUUGGACAGAAAGCCUUAAGGAUUCACUUUGGCAUGAAUGGCUCUUUGCACUUAAAUACAGAUGGAAGACAGAACAGAAGCAGAGCACCGGCUGUCCUGGAAAUACAGCUUACUGUUGAUUUGGUUUCUUUCUAUGAUGCAACUGUAGAGCUUAGGAAUGCUGCUGAUAGUGAGCAGAAGAUUAGAAUGCUGGGAGACCUGGAUAUAUGUUCUUCAAAAUUUAGUUUUUUAAGAGCAGAAAGUGAGAUUAAGAAGCAAAAUGGCCGUAUGUUAUGUGAUGUAUUGCUCGAUCAGGCCAUUCUACCUGGUGUGGGAAAUAUCAUAAAAAAUGAAGCACUUUUUGAUAGUGGUCUCCAUCCAGUUGUUAAAGCUUGCCAGUUAACAGAUGAACAAGUACAUCUCUUGGUGAAAAUGACUCGUGAUUUCACUCUACUUUUUUAUAAGUGUCGCAAGACAGGAUCAGCAUUAUAUAAGCAUUACAAAGUGUACAAACGCCCUAGUUGUGGUCAAUGCAGAGGAAAGAUCACAGUGUGCCGUUUGGGAGAGAAUAACAGAAUGACGUACUUCUGUCCUCAGUGCCAAAAGGACAAUCCACAGCUUGUGGAUCCAAGCAAACUGCCAGGAAGAAGUAGUUUAAUUGGCUGGGCAUACAGCAGGAGGUCAUGUUCUAAAGAACAAGUCACUCAGAAAUUGGACGAGAAGUGGGCCUGUACGCUCUGCACUCUAAUAAACAAACCUUCUGAAAAAAAUUGUGGUGCAUGCUUGACUCCAAGGCCCAAAGUUCAAAACAUUCCGAAUAAUGAAGCUUUAGCACCUUUUAACAGUGACCUAGUCAAGUACCCCUGCAAUAACUUUGGAAAAUCAAGGACAGAAAUUAAGAUCAACAGGAAGACUGCCUUUGGAACAACAACUCUGGUACUGACAGAUUUUGCUAGUAAAUCUGUUCAGAUAAAGCGUGGAAGUGAAAAUCUCACCCCAGAUGGAAGCUCUCUGUGUGAUUCUUCAAGAAAUGAUUAUAACAGUACUUAUCACAAUACAGUAAAUACACCAAGACCUUUCUCCUAUCAAUAUAAUUCUUCAAAGCCGGCACAGAAGAAACAGAAGAUUGAUUAUUCAUCUUCCGUUGGGUCUUUCGCUUUGAAUUUAACAAGCAGAGCACCUCCGGAUAAUAUGACAGAUGGCUCUUGUACAUUAAAUGCUGGCAGCCCUCGCUGCAGUAAACACAACCGUUUCUGUGUUCUUCGCAUCGUGAGGAAGGACGGAGAAAACAAGGGCAGGCAAUUUUUUGCUUGUCCUUUAUCUGGAGAAGCCCGAUGUGACUAUUUUGAAGUACGUGAGACUGUAUGGGCAGACCAUCAUUUUCCCUUCUGCAAUCAUGCGAAGCGCUGCAUUAUGAGGACAGUGUUGAAGAUCGGCCCUAAUAAUGGAAAGAAUUUCUUUGUGUGCCCUCUGGGGAAGGAGAAGCAGUGUGACUUCUUCCAGUGGGCAGAAAAUGGUCCAGGGAUGAAGAUUAUCCCAGGAUGCUGAACCAUUCAUCUCCAAUACACCACUGGGUAUUAAUCUUUUCAAACUGUGUGUGCUGUACGACUCUUCUCUGGAAGAUACUUUAAGAGGGUUGUGAUCAAGUGCCAUCUUCUGAUUGCAAAUCCAUCUUGAUUAUAUAUAUGAACAUUCCUUCUUUUCUCCCUCCUUCAAACUGGUAUUUUCUGCUCAUUCUUUUUUUAAGGUGUUUUAUCUAACUCUAAAAAGCCUCAGAUGACAGCAUUAACAUAUCCCAAUGUGCAUUCUAAGUGUCUUUUGUGGCCUUGGUUCUUGGCACUUUUCAGGUCUUUCAAAAGUACGGCGGGGGGGAGUAGAAAAUUGCUUGGCUUGGUUGGCUCUCACACUACCGCAAUCUGUCAAUGAAAUAAUGUGUAUGUGUUGGAGUUUAUCUGUGUCAUUUGUCCUUCAGCAUUUUUUUCACAUUCUCAAUUUAGUUUUCGAUAGAAGUUUUAUUUCAAUGCAUUUAAGAUGAAUGAAUUUUAAUAUACUUUGUAAUCAGUUAUGAAAGAUUGAUAUAUUCAAUAAAAUAU